GAAGUUGCCGGAAGUAGAGACCGCGAGAAAGCGGAACCUUUACUAGCAUUCCCCAGAGCUGUUUCCACUCGGACGCCAAAAUGGAUCGGACAACAUUUCUAUAGCAGAAUUCUUUUUCUCCAUCGUCAAACUCUCGUUAAAUAUUCACCCCGGUGUUUUUUUGUUGCGUUUUUGUAAUAUUUCCCACAGAGGCCAAAGGUUUACGGACUAAAAAGACGUAACUGCGACGGUAUCGUUAGUUGAUCCCGGAGUGCCGCUGUGUGUGAACCGCUACAUGCUACGUGUACAGUUUUAACGGGGAACCCUGAGUGAAGCUGCUAGCUAACAUGCUAACAGGACGAACCGGCUACGAAGAUGGUGUUACUAAAUGAGGGUUCAGUGUAAUGAGCCCGUGUUUAUACGGAGGGCCGGGAGGGUUUGUGUGGAGGGUUGACGAUCACGGAGGACAGUCGGGUCUCUGUCACUCGAUACGAUGAGACGUUAGUCCGAGACUAAACACUGUUUUCUAAUUAAAACGCCUUGAGAUCCGUCAUUGAAGAUGAUGUACUCGUCGAGGAGAAAGCCUGUGCUCUACUUCAAAGAGGAGAGAAGCUUCCUUUCUGGUAAAUGUACGAUCUACAAGCUGUUCGGCCUCUGCAUGGUGCUGCUGCUCGUCUCUCUGAUGUGGCUGCAGCUCGGCUGCUCCGGGGAAAUGUCCACCAAUGUGCGCGGUGAUCGGCGCCCCCCCCAGCCACCGCCGCUCUGUCCCCCCAAUGGCGGUCAGGCGUCUGCGGCGGACGACCCCUCGUGGGGUCCCCACAAACUGGCCCUCAUCGUGCCCUUCAGGGAGCGCUUCGACGAGCUGAUGGCUUUUGUUCCCUUCAUGCACACGUUCCUCAACAAGAAGAAGAUCCGCCACAACAUCGUCGUCAUCAACCAGGUGGAUCACUACAGGUUCAACCGGGCCUCCCUGAUCAACGUGGGCUUCCUGGAGAGCAGCAACGACACGGACUACCUGGCCAUGCACGACGUGGACCUGCUGCCCCUCAACGAGGCGCUGGACUACGGCUUCCCGGUGGAGGGGCCCUUCCACGUGGCCUCGCCCGAGCUGCACCCGCUGUACCACUACAAGACCUACGUGGGGGGGAUCCUGCUGCUCACCAAGAAGCACUACAGAGCGUGUAACGGGAUGUCCAACCGGUUCUGGGGAUGGGGACGAGAGGACGACGAGUUCUACAGAAGGCUGAGGAAAGCUGAGCUACAGCUCUUCAGACCAAGUGGAAUCACAACGGGAUAUAAAACCUUCCUCCACAUCCACGACUCUGCCUGGAGGAAGAGGGACCAGAAGAGGGUCGCCUCUCAGAAACAGGAGCAGUUCAAGGUGGACCCAGAGGGGGGGCUGACUAACAUCCGGUACCAGGUGGAGUCCAGACAGGAGCUGACCAUCAGCGGCGCUCCCUGCACCGUCAUCAACGCCAAGCUGGAGUGUGACCAGGACCGGACGCCCUGGUGCCUGUUGGCCUGAUGUGACCCCCCCACGGAGGCCUUCAGCCAGCAGUGCCCUGCGGAUCCACUGGUCACGUUUCUGUUAUUUAUAAAUAUUUGAUCUGCAGCCGGAAAACCAAAAGAAAGAAAAAAACGGUACGAACGGAAUGUCUCUCAUUUCUUAAUGGAAUCGUUGUCCAGUGAAUCAGAAAGACACUGAGACGAUGAUGUCACAGUCACGUGACUUUAGCACCCAUAGACCGGGGGGGCCUGCUGGUCGGUCUUUAUUUUUUUGUUUUUAUUUACUGGGAUUGUGCAAAAGGAGAUUUAUUAAUGGCGCGCUGUACCGUUUGUUUCAUCUUUUUACUGACUACUGACGGGAAAACGGUGUUUGAGGUGAAGAGUUUGAUGUAACAGAUGAAGCAGAAAAUUCAUGGAUUUGUUUCUCUUGAACAGAACAAUAAAAUACUUUUAAUAAUUGAGAAACCUCAAUUUCCAAACCAAAUAAACCCCGACAUGUAUUUCCUGUUCCUUGCGGAGUAAAGUGAGAAGAUAACAGAAUGACUGGAUUUAUGUUAUUUUCUCAUUCGUUCAGAACUUUUGUAACUAUUUUGUAAUAAUUGAGUGAUGCUAAAACAUUUUGCUCUGACUUCCUGAGCAGAACUUGAUUGUUGUCAGAAUGAAACUUUUAAUACUUCAUCAUUAAAUCUAAAAUAUAGUUUUGAGUAGGGAAUAGUCUUUUUUUUAUUGUCUCAUGAAUCUGAAGUCAUUGCUUGUUUUUUUAUAAUGAAUCAUUUUCUCGUGAAUUCAAAACUGACGAAAGUCAGCUCACUGCUCUUUGUUUACAGAGACAAACGCUGCCAUGUAUUUUUACCAUAAUAGUA